UCCCGGAGGAACAUCUUCGUGUUCCGUGAAUACGCCCUCAAUUAUAGGUUUAAAAUAGUGCAUAUCCAACGUUUCCGGAUGGCUAUAUUCGAGUGGCGCAAGUUUAACUUUUUCGACCUCCGCAAGGGUGUCGAUAAGGAUAAGGUGUCCGAGGCCUUGCAAGGGGCCAAGAUUACAGCCACGGCAAACGGCAACAGUUUGAUAGUGAUCUGUGAUUCCAGCGGCUUCAUCCACACGUUCACCCGUACGUGGGUUGCGGUUAGUUUCAAAGGCCACGAAGGUUCGAUACUGUUGUGUGAUAUUUCCAAGCAAAACAAUCUGCUCGUGACGGUGGGCGAAGAUAUCAACGGACCGUCGUUUAAGGUGUGGAAUUUAUCGAAGAUUUCCACCGUCAAUGGAGCGCAAUGUUUGCGUACGGUACGCACGAUGGUUUCCGUGCCGACGGCACUGGCCGUCUCCGAAGGUGGUCAGUUCAUGGCGAUUGGGUUUGCGCAGGGCAACAUAUCGCUGUACCGUGGUGACAUCAGCCGAGAUCGAUCGAAAACGCUAAAACAGCUGACGGCAGGUACUAGUGACAUCGUGGGCAUUGCGUUCAAGCACUGCCACAAGCACACGCAAAUGUUUGUCUGCUCCAACUCCGGUGUGUACCUGUACAAUCUGCACAGUCGCGACAAGGAAAUUCGCGUCAUUCUGUCCAGCAUGAAGAAGGAGGUCGGUUGCUGUGCCCUACAAACCGGUCACAACGAGGGCCAUUUUAUGGUUGGGCUUGACGAUGCCGUCUACUGCUACACGUCCGACGGGCGGGGACCAUGUUACGCGUUGGAGGGAAGCAAAACACUGCUGCACUGGUAUCGGUCCCAUCUGCUGGUCGUGAUGCGUAGCCCACGGUCUCCCGGUGGUUACAAUCUCACCGUGAUCGAUAUACAGAACAAAUUCAUCGUCUUUACCUCUCCCAUAGAGGAGGUCGUGGCAAUCCUAACCGAGUUUGGUACGUGCUACAUUCUAACGGAAGGCAAACAGAUUUUGCAUCUCGACGAAAAGGACCUCCAGAGCAAGUUGAAUGUGCUGUUUAAGAAAAAUCUGUACGACAUUGCUGUGCGCAUCGCCAAGUGCAACCAGUACGAUGCCGAAGGGCUGGCGGGAAUCUUCAAGCAGUACGGUGACCACCUGUACAGCAAGGGUGACUUUGGCGGGGCAGUAGAACAGUACUCCAAAACGAUUGACUAUCUGGAACCGUCGUAUGUAAUACAGCGCUUUUUGGAUGCAAGGCACAUUCACUUUCUGACGGACUAUCUGCAAACGAUUCAUGCGAAAGGACGGGCAACGGCCGACCAUACCACGCUCCUGUUGAACUGUUUCACCCGGCUCGACCGCACGACACAGCUAAAGGAAUUCUUGAAGAACGACCAGAAAUCGAACCUGUUCGAUAUCGACGUCGCAAUCAAGGUGUGCCGCGAUGCGUCCUACGUUGAAGAAGCGUUCCAGUUGGCAAAGGCUCACCAAAAGCACGACGCUUGUCUCAGCAUCCUGACCGAGGACAUGGGCCAGCACGAGGAAGCACUCAGCUACAUCGAGAUGCUACCUCUGGCGGACGCGGAAGGAAUCUUGAAAAAGUACGGUUCCGCGCUGAUGACCAACUGUCCGGAUAGAACGAUCACUCUGCUGAAGAAGCUUUGCACCGACCUGGCCACCUACCGGAACUCUACGCCCGGCAGGGAUGCUUUGAUGGUGGACGAUUUGCUGGCAGACUUGCACAUCAACGAAGAACGCCCACCGCCGCGUGGCACCGCGGAGGAUUUUAUACACCUGUUUUCCGAUACGGACCAGUUGAUCGAUUUUCUCGAGCAUCUUGUGCGAUUCGUGCCAUCCAGCAGUCAGUGCGUUUAUAGCACACUGAUCGAACAUUACCUUUACAAGUGGCAGGAAUCGCCGGCAAUGGAGGCAAAGUUGCUCGAGCUGUUGCGAUACAAUGGCGAGCGGUACGACAAAAACCAUGCGCUCGCCCAGUGCCGGAUGUACGAGUUUUGGCCCGGCGUGAUGUAUCUGUACGAGGAGGAUAAACUGUAUCAUCUGAUCAUACGGCACUACCUCAAGCACCGGGAGUACGACAAUUUGCUAGCGUGCUGUCGGAAGUUGGCACACAACAAUGCAUCACUUUGGUUGCUCACGCUGAACGGGCUCAAGAGUGACAGCCGAGCUCCGCCACAUCUUUUCAACCAAAUUCUGCAAGUUAUCUCCCAGAAAAAACUGCAAGCGCCACUGCAAGUGCUCGACUGUUUGGCGGUCGAGGACGGACCGACGUUUCUCUCGGUAAAGGAUUACUUUAUGCAGGUAUUCCAAAAAGAGCAAGAUACCAUCCGUCAGGAGGAGGAGCUUGCGCGAACCUACAGUGAAGAGUCUGCCGUCAUCAAGAGGCACAUAAAACAUCUGCAGGAGGGCAACGUUGAGUUUCAGAAUACGACCUGCGACGCAUGCAAGCAACCACUGUCGAUGCCGGCACUGUUUUUCCUCUGCAAACAUUCCUACCAUCAAGACUGCAUUCGAAGCUACACCGAUACGGAGCGGGACUGCCCGGUGUGCAAUAAGAACAACAUGCAGCUGAUCGAGGCACUGCGAGCGCAAAGUGAGGCGCGCGAUCAGCACGAAAUGUUCCACGAUAUUCUCGAGCGGUCGCCGGAGCCGUUCUCGGUGGUGGCGGAUUAUUUCGGUCGAGGACUGUUUAACAAGCUGCUGAUCGUAGAGGAACUUGAUCAAUCGACGGAACAUACCGAAACAACGAAGCAACCUGAACGAACUAAACCACCCCAAGUUGGAAUAGAGCCGAAGGGGGGCAGCAAACAGACGUCUUCCUAUAGCAUCAAUACCCCCAGCCCUAGUAACUAUGGUGCCGGAGCGGAAGCGCGAUUACGCCAGGAGGAAGGCCGUACGGCGGGGCAGGUGCGCCUCGAGCCACAGGAGAGCGAAAUGCGUUUGCGGCUGAUGGAACAGGAGCGCAUACGGCAACGACAACAGGCCGCCAACAUUGUUCAGCAACAGAUGAAAAUCCGGGACGACCGUGGCCCCAAGACGCAGUCUCCGUAUGGUAGUCCGAAGCCUUCGGCGGCCGGAUUCGCCAAUGCUAAUCCAUUUGAGAAGAAAAUCUCCGUACCGCCGAGCAAACCGUUCGUACCGGUUGCUAAGCCGGCAGCGUCCAGCAAAAAUCCCUUCGAUGAUGGAGAAUCAAUGGCGGGAGAGGCCGGCGAGUACGACAAUACCAAAAAUCCGUUCGGCGAAGAGACCACCGGCGGGGGCCGUAAUAACGCAAGUAAUCCGUUCGAAGAGGAAUACGACAGUAAAUUGGAUCCGUUUGCUGAAUAAUUUACUUGCAGUGCAAAUUUAUCGAAUCGUUUCGGAUGAACAACCAUAUUCCGUAUGUGUAUGUAAUCAAUUGUACUACUCUCUGUUGCUGUUGCUUGUUAAUUUUCCUUCAGUUAGUAUCUGUACUCAAGCCGCUGUCAGUUCAGUUAGUAUCUGUACUCAACCUCAAACAACGCAGAACAAAAUACAUACGUUUAACUAUCCCUUGCGAACAAUUUGAAUUAAUUUCACCUUUUUUUAUUAGGCUUUCUCAGCCCGUUUCGGAAACGACAUAUAAAUGGAACAAAUAAAGUAAACGAAAAGUGUGAGUAGUAAAUCGAUAUAAUCGAAGAGCUGCAG